AUGUCCUCAACUACAGACGAGCUUGUUCUUCCGCGCCCCGGCGCUCCCCAUGGGAACUCUGAGAAACCAAUCUCAGGACCAUCGGAGGCAGCCUUCAUAGAAACCUUUGGCGCACUGCUCCCGACCGCCAAGUAUCUGAGCACUCCUCAAGGAAAAGCAGCUUACUAUGAAAUACUCCCUUCGUCGCCCAGCCAAAGUACAGACGAGCCUGAUAGGAUUCUGCUUGUGCAUGGUGUCCAGACUCCGGCACUUGGCAUGCUACCGCUUGCGGGAGCACUCGAGAAAUCUUUCCCUCAAGCUCAUCUGGCUCUGAUUGACCUCUGGGGUCACGGGUUGAGUGACACACCCGUCUUGCCACAUGAGCCAGCUUUAUUUCACCAGCUGCUUGAUGAUCUGCUAGAUCACUUGAAUUGGCCUACAGUCCAUAUCGUUGGCUUUUCUUUUGGAGGUGCGACAACUGCUAGCUACGUCGCAUCAAGACCAUCACGAGUCAAGAGCUUCGCUUUCGUCGCUCCAGCUGGGCUGCUUCGAUCCUCAAACUUCACCACCGAAGAUCUAAACUGCCUACGUGGUGACAACGCAGAAGUGGCAAGGAAAUGGGUUCUCGAGUUUCUAGAGGGUGGCGAGCUUGUCGUGCCUUCAGACUGGAAACAAAGGGUUGCCAAGGGAGAGGUCGUUGCUGAAGCAGUGCGAGAGUGGCAGAUGCGUGAACAUCCCGGACAUACUGCCUCAGUGGUAGGUAUACUCAGGGAUGGCGGUGUUAUGGACUCGCACGCUGAGUUCGUCAAGGCAGCGGAAACAAGAAUUCCUUCAGUUGCGGUGCUUGGAGAGCUGGAUGAUUUGUGUAGUAAAGAGCAGCUGGCUGAAGUGGGGUUUACAAAUGUCUUUGUUGUUCCUCAGGCUGGACAUGGUGUUGUGCGAGAUAAGGUCCAGGAUGUGGCUACUUUAAUCACUGAGUUUUGGACGAAGCUCUAUCGGUCGUGA